AUGGUUUCUACUAAAUCCUUCCUUAGUACUUUGCUUUUAGCAUCACUUGGCCUGUCUAGCCCAGUCAACCAAGUCGAGAAGCGGGCUUCUUCUUUCCAGAACACAGUCUAUUUUACCAACUGGGGUAUAUAUGGGCGAAACUACCAGCCCGCGCAGCUCCCAGCCUCGCAAAUCAAUCGAGUUCUCUACUCGUUCGCCAAUCUUCAGUCCGAUGGUACAGUAUACAGUUCAGACUCAUACGCCGAUCUGCAGAAGCACUAUGACACCGAUUCCUGGAACGACGUCGGUAACAAUGCCUACGGUUGUGUCAAACAACUCUACAUGUUGAAGCAAGCCAAUCGACAACUAAAGGUGUCGUUAUCGAUCGGAGGAUGGACGUACUCAACCAAUUUUGCCGCUGCUGCUAGCACCGACACAACUAGAAAGACAUUCGCGUCGACAGCGAUCACUUUGAUGAAAGAUUGGGGGUUUGACGGAAUCGAUAUCGACUGGGAGUAUCCUACUGAUGACACCGAGGCUACCAAUUUUGUCCUUCUCCUCCAGGAGGUUCGGAGUGAACUAGACGCGUAUUCUGCCCAGUACGCUGACAACUACCACUUCCUUCUGACUGCUGCUGUUCCUGCCGGUCCCACCAACUUCAACAUGCUCCACUUAAGCGAUAUGGCAGCUGUCCUCGACGCCUUUAACCUGAUGGCUUAUGACUACGCUGGUUCUUGGGACACUACUUCCGGCCACCAGGCAAACCUGUACCCCAAUUCUAAUGCUCCGCUUACUACUCCCUUCUCAACCGAUGCCGCCAUUGCUGCGUACAUUGCCGGUGGAGUCCCAGCCGAGAAGAUUGUAUUGGGUCUUCCGCUGUAUGGACGUUCGUUUGAAGCUACCGCUGGUAUUGGACAGCCGUACACGGGUAUCGGAACGGGAUCUUGGGAAGCGGGUGUUUGGGAUUACAAAGUGCUGCCUCGCUCUGGAGCUUCGGAGAUAUAUGACGCUGUUGCGGGAGCCACGUAUUCCUACGACAGUUCUGCCCAGGAACUUAUCAGCUACGAUAACGUUGAUAUGGUGAACAAGAAGAUCCAAUACCUCCAGAGCAAGGGCCUUGGUGGCACUAUGUUCUGGGAAGCUUCAGGGGACCGCAACGACAGUGGUAGUUUGAUCGCGACCGCUUUCAACACCCAAGGAGGAGCAGCCUCCCUCGACUCCACGCAAAACCUUCUCAGCUACCCUAACAGCCAGUACGACAACAUCAAGGCCAACCUUCAGUGA